AUGAGUGUUUUACCCCGCGUGCACGGAGCAGAGGGCACGCGGUGCAGCAGUGACAGCUGGGGGGUGGCACGCCCCCUCAACGUUAAGGGGGGCCACGGGCAUGGCGGUCAGAGCAUUUCUUUGCCCCAUGUUGUCACCCCAGGCGCCCUCCAGCAUGAGGGCGUGUCCACUGCAUCCCCAGUCCUCCCAUUGGUCAAUGAAGAUGAGGAGGAGCCAGAGCCAAGUCCUGCCAAACAGACCUCUCCAGACCAAGCGAAUGGAGCCCCAACCAAAUCAGCUUUUAUUGACGGCGACAGGCUGCUUCAAUCAGAGUUUGUUACAGAUGCUGGUGACUGGGAUGACAUGGCUGUGACCAAUCAGAUGACCACAUCUCUGCCUGCACCUGCAUACACAGUCAACACCAUUACCGCCACCCAAGACAACGCCACUCUCGCAGACAGUUCCUCCUCCUCGUCCCCUGUAAAGAGCACCUCCCCUGCAGGACUGCCCUCCACCCUAGGGGACACAACCUACCCUGUCCCUGCUGGAGGCCACCUCACCACCUCUACUCCUCCUGUUUUAGAUACCACCCCACCUCCAUCCCAUGUUUUAACACCAAUCCAGUCCUCUGUCCAACCCAGCACCCCAGCACUGACCCCUGCCCCAACCCAAACCCUCACCACGGAGCACCCCAAGACCUCCGCCCCAGUACAUGUCCCUGCCGGCCCGCCUCACCAGGAGGUUCCAUCAGAGCUCACCGUUGGAGAUGAGGACAAAGGGCCACACAUCCACUCUUCUCUGGAUCCUUUGCUGGCUAGCCUGGUCUCUAUAUUUAUCAUCACCACAGCCAUAGUCUCUGUUGUCCUCUUCCUCAAAUUCCGCCAACGGACCGACCACCCUGACUUCCACCGGCUGCAGGAUCUGCCCAUGGAUGACUUGAUGGAAGGCACACCACUUUCCAGAUACACUUACACCUACUGAUGACGGAAACCUCUCAUCAUCAACAGUCAACUUUACUUCUAGCCCAGCUACACAGCACACCCAAUCGGCCACCGUUUAGGAUCCUGGCAAAGCUUUUGACUGGACUGGAGGCCCUCGGCCAGCGCCCAUGUUGUCUCACUAUGAUUCCCCCUGCUGAGCAGUUUCCAAUUUGAUUGUAUUAUGUUAACAAUUAGAAGGCAUUCAAUACCCAAUCAGGGGUUGCAGUAUUAGGACAUCAGAGGCUCCGUUUCGACAUUUGGCCAACACCAUCAUUAUUCCCUUUGAAGCUUUCAGACGUUUCAUCUGCACAGAGGUCUGUUUUGUUCUUUGUAAUGUACCCCCCCUCCCCUCCUUAUACAGGUCAUACACAGCACAGACCACUUUAUUGUGUAUUAGAAACAGUCACAGUGCCCUCUAGGGGAUAUCAGUGGAAGUGGAGUUCCCAAUGAAUUGGUAAUGUAUAAAGAAAAUACAAUGCCACAUUUGAUGUUGUUGCCAAGGACCAUGAUAGAGGGAAAAUAGACAGGGAGUGAAAGAUGCUUACUGUAGAGGGACCUUAGGUGAUUUAAAUGUUCACCAGUCUCCAUGUUAUGGGACUAUUCUAAUCCAUGAACUGGCAAAACAUUUUUUUAAAUUUAUCUAGGCAAGUCAGUUAAGAAC